CACACGUUGAACGACAUUUCACAUCAUGUCCUUGGAGCCCGUGUUCCCAGCCUCACACCCUCUUGGAUAUGCCUACGACGCUGCCUUUCAAGCAUAUCGCGGUUAUUCAGGCUUUCACAAGAAUGAGAGGAUCUUCUCCAUAUCUAACCAUAUCGAACGGCUUAAGCUGGGGGAGGAUCAUGAGGCUCAUGCGGACUAUGCCGCGGAGGGGGCUAUUGCCUACAAUCAGGUCGCCCCCAUCCCUAACCCAUCAACCGAGAUUACGAGUUACUUGGCGGCCUGGGAAAGAAGAUGGGGACAUGAAUGCUCAUUGGCAACAAGAGCACCAGAAUGGCAGUACAUCAAGCUGUUCAUCGAUACGCUGGCGGUCAUCUUGAAACGACAUCUUAAAGUCCUCGAAGACGGACAAAAGAUGCUCGCCGCCGCUGCCCCGGCAAAGAGCGACGGAUACCCGGCAUUUCAAAAGCUGCUGUCGAGCCCAGGAGGCAGGGAGUUCCACAAAUACAAGGACAUGCAAUACUGGAUCAAGCUCUCGGUUUGA